UGCUCCCCUCCUUCCAACAAGAGCAUCCCUGGAGCUGCAGAGGGACGGUCUGGAUCCAUCUGCCAGGAAAUGGGAAAUGAGGGAAUCCCCACAAAGGGGUCUCGCGGUGCUGUUCUGAGGUGCCACAUUUGGGGACAGGGAGGCACCGGGCACCGGCACGGGGAGGACGAUGCCAUCAGCGAGGUCACGGUCCCCCCUGGGAGCGGUGGCCAGGCCGACGUCACUGUCACCGAGCCCUUCAAAUAGCGGUGCCUGCCCUGCCGGCCACUGCCACCGGCACCGCCACUGCCACCACCGGCACUGCCAUCACUGCCACCGCCACCUCCCGCCCGGCCAGCCAUGGCACCCCGCGGGUCGCUGCUGCUGCUGGCGCUGCUGCUGCUGAGCUGCGCCCUGCCCCGCGCCCGCGGCCAGCACUGGUCCCACGGCUGGUACCCGGGGGGCAAGCGGGGCCUGCGGACCCCCAGCGACCCCCAGGUCCCGUCCCCUCUCGGGCGCUGCCGUCCCCUCCCGUGUCCCCCCCGGCGGGAGGAGCCGCUGCCGCCGCCCGCGCUGCGCCCCUGACCGGAGCCAGCGACCCCCGCGGGACCGAGCCGGGACCCCGCGGGGAAUAAAGGGGCCGGGGGGAUUCGUGCAUUCUGGUGAUGGAGGGGCUCGCCUGGGGCUGGGGUGGAGGGAGGGGGUGGCACCUGUGCCACAGUGGCGUCCCUGGGGGCCGCGGUCCCGUGUGGCGGGCGGGGUCCGUGUCCCCAGAGGGAUGGCGUGUCCCGUGAGGGGCGGGGGUCGCGGUCCUGGGGACACAGCUCGGCAAUUCGCGUCCCGUGAGGGGCGGGGGCCGAGUUUGGGUUCCCCGUUCCUUAGGGAUCCGCCUCCGUGUCCGGCGGGGGGGUGGGUCUGUGUCCCUGUCCCGUGUCCUUGUCCCUUGUCCCUGUCACACGGGUGUCCCGGUCCCGUGCAGGGUGUCCCUGCCCCAGGGGUGUCCCUAUCCCGUGUAGAGUAUCCCUGUCCCCGCCGGUAUCCGUGUGUCCCACAGGUGUCCGUGUCCCAUGCAGGGUGUCCCUGUCCCGUGUAGGGUGUCCCUGUCCCCGCCAGUGUCCCUGUUCCCUAUCCCUGUCCCCUGUAGGGUGUCCCUGCCUCAGGGGUGUCCGUGUCCACUUCUGUCCCUGUCCCCUGUAGGGUGUCCUUUCUCCACGAAUGUCGGUGUCCCCUGGCUGUCCCUAUCCCGUGUGGAGUAUCCCUGUUCCCGCCGGUGUCCGUGUGUCCCACAGGUGUCCGUGUCCCAUGCAGGGUGUCCCGUGUAGGGUGUCCCUGCCUCAGGGGUGUUCGUGUCCCCUGACUGUCCCUGCCCCGUGUAGGGUGUCCCUGCCCCGGGGAUGUCCGACUCCCCGGGCAGUCCU